AUGUCAAAUUUCAAAGUUUGGUUCAUCACGGGAACCUCUUCUGGCUUUGGGAAGGCGUUGACGCUCGAAGUCCUCAGUCGCGGUGAUAAGGUCAUCGCCUCUGCGCGGAAUGCCAGCAAGCUCGAGGAUCUCAAGAACGCCGGGGCUGACACGAUGAGCCUGGACGUGACCUUGCCCCUCGAGAAGCUGAAAAGCCUCGCCGAUGAGGCCCACGGUCUCUAUGGGCGGAUUGACUUCCUCAUCAACAACGCCGGAUAUUGUCAAGUAGGAGGCUUGGAAGAGCUCACCCCGGAAGAAACUCAGGCUCAGUUCGCGACCAACGUCUUUGGCCCUCUGAAUGUCACGAGAUCCAUCCUGCCGUAUAUGCGUGCCAGACGCUCAGGGGUCAUUGCCAACUUCUCCAGCAUCGGCGCAUGGCGCGGAACACCGGCUGUGGGUAUCUACGAAGCUUCGAAAUGGGCCGUCAGCGGCAUCACAGAGACGUUACAUCUCGAGCUGGCCGAGUUCAACAUUAAAGUCUGCAGUAUCGAACCAGGCUACUUUCGAUCCAACUUCUUGAGCAGCGGCCACAAGAUCCUCCACGUCAACCACAUAUCAGACUACGACGGCACAGCGGUGCGGAAGACCGAGGAAAGGGUAGAGCGCACCAACCAGAAUCAGCCCGGCGAUCCCACAAAGGGCGCCAAAGUGAUUGUCGACGUCCUCACUGGUGCUACCGGCAAGGAGAUCCCCAUGAGGCUCGCACUGGGGGGGGAUGCCUACAGAAUCAUUAGGGGCAAAUGCGAAGAGACCAUCAAAGGCCUGGACGAGUGGAGAGAAAUCACUUCCUCGACGGAUAUUGAUGCUAAAUAG